GGAUACAGGGAGAUGCCAGCUGGGAUCGUGUUAAUGCCAGACCUUCAAAUUAUGGUUGUGAAUGUGUGAUUUUUACGCCGAGUUGAGAUUUCUUCGUGUCCUCCAGAUGCCGAAAUGCUGACCUCUGAGUGACCGCAGUGGGAGAUUGUGAAAGACGGAGGAGGUGUGCCCCAUGACAAGAUUUGUUGAAUUCCAAACUAAAGCCUUCCGGUAGAGACCAGUCUUGGUCCUGCUAAUACCUUAAUAUGGCGCCGAGGCAGAUGAUUGUCCUCGCACUACUGAUGGUGGUGGCUGCGCCGUUGAUUGAGGGCACUUUUCCUCUCCUGUCCAAGCAACGUCUCAAAGGAAGGUUCCAGAGGGAUCGUCGGAAUAUCCGUCCAAAUAUAAUUCUUGUCCUGACUGACGAUCAAGAUGUAGAACUAGGCUCCAUGCAGGUGAUGAAUAAAACGAAACGUAUUAUGGAGCAAGGAGGAACCCAUUUUAUCAACGCAUUCGUAACUACACCCAUGUGUUGCCCAUCUCGUUCUUCCAUCCUUACUGGGAAGUACGUCCACAACCAUAACACAUACACCAACAAUGAGAAUUGUUCAUCUCCAUCCUGGCAGGCACAACACGAGCCACACACGUUUUCCGUCUAUCUCAAUAACACUGGAUACAGAACAGCCUUCUUUGGCAAAUACCUUAAUGAAUAUAAUGGCUCGUAUGUUCCUCCCGGCUGGAAAGAGUGGGUCGGACUUGUUAAAAACUCUCGUUUUUACAACUAUACUCUUUGCCGUAAUGGAAUUAAAGAAAAACAUGGCUUUGACUAUGCCAAGGACUACCUGACUGAUCUCAUCACAAAUGACAGUAUUAGCUUCUUCCGCACAUCCAAGAAAAUGUAUCCUCACCGACCAGUGCUAAUGGUUUUAAGCCACGCGGCUCCCCACGGGCCGGAGGACUCCGCUCCGCAAUACUCACAGCUGUUCCCUAAUGCCUCUCAGCACAUCACGCCGAGUUACAACUACGCUCCCAACCCAGACAAACAUUGGAUAAUGAGGUACACAGGCGCCAUGAAGCCAAUCCACAUGGAAUUCACCAACAUGCUGCAAAGGAGGCGUCUCCAGACCCUGAUGUCUGUGGACACCUCAGUGGAAACGAUUUACAACAUGUUGGUGGAAACGGGAGAACUGCAGAACACGUACAUCAUAUACACGGCUGAUCAUGGAUACCACAUUGGCCAAUUUGGCCUGGUGAAAGGGAAGUCCAUGCCUUAUGAGUUUGACAUACGUGUUCCGUUCUACAUUCGUGGACCAAACGUGGAUGCAGGUUCUCUAAAUCCUCACAUUGUUCUGAACAUCGACCUGGCUCCCACUAUCCUGGACAUCGCAGGCCUGGACAUCCCCCCUGAUAUGGACGGAAAAUCUAUUCUGAAACUUCUGGACACAGAACGACCUGUCAAUAGGUUUCAAGUCCACAAAAAAAGUAAAGUUUGGAGGGAUUCAUUUCUGGUAGAAAGAGGUAAAUUAUUGCACAAACGGGAGAACGAAAAAGUUGAUGCUCAAGAAGAGAACUUUCUACCAAAAUACCAACGAGUCAAGGACUUGUGUCAGAGAGCAGAGUACCAGACAGCUUGUGAACAACUGGGGCAGAAAUGGCAGUGUGUGGAGGACACAAACGGCAAACUCCGGCUCCACAAGUGCAAAGGUAUGGCAAGUCUCACUGCACCACCAGUGCCGAGCAGCAAGCAAAAAUCUCCGAACCUCAUGUCCAAUUACUACAACACGAACAGCGAUGAAUGCAACUGCGACGGUAUCAACUACAAACUUGCCGAGCUUGGACGCAAAAAGAAGCUGCUCACAAAGAAAAAAUACAAGACAAGUUACAUGCGAAAUCGUUCUGUUCGUUCUGUAUCGAUCGAACUUGAUGGACAGGUUAUUGACUUGGACGUAGAGCAGGAGUACCAGCCGGUGCCGAAUGGAAACCUCACCAAGAGUCACAUGUCUGAAUUUGACGAUGAUGAGGAUAAAGAUGUGGAUUUCAGCGGCACUGGAGGCCUCAACAACGAACUCAUCGUACCAAGCUCUAUUAAAGUAACCCACCGCUGCUUCAUCCUGGCAAACGACACCGUACAAUGUGACCUGGAUCUGUACAAGUCACUGCAGGCCUGGAAGGACCACAAGCUGCACAUUGACCAUGAGAUCGAAACCUUACAGAAUAAAAUUAAGAACUUGAGGGAGGUCCGGGGUCACCUGAAAAAGAAGAGGCCGGAAGAAUGUGACUGCAGCAAAAUCAGCUAUCACAUUAAACACAAGAAAGGGAAGCUAAAGCACAAGAGUGUCGAAAUUCAUCCAUUUAAGAAAAACGUUAAAGAAAAGGAUAUGGUUUGGCUCCUUCGCGAACAACGCCGCAAAAAGAAACUGCGCAAAUUGCUUAAAAGGCUAAAGAACAAUGAUACGUGUAGUAUGCCUGGACUGACCUGCUUCACACAUGACAACCAGCACUGGCAGACUGCCCCCUUCUGGACAUUGGGUCCAUUCUGUGCCUGCACAAGUGCCAACAACAAUACUUACUGGUGUUUAAGGACCAUAAAUGAAACACACAAUUUUCUAUUUUGUGAAUUUGCCACAGGAUUCCUAGAAUAUUUUGACCUGAACAUAGAUCCGUACCAGCUCAUCAACGCCAUAGACACUUUGGACCGAGACAUCCUGAACCAGUUACACGUGCAACUCAUGGAACUACGGAGCUGUAAAGGGUCCAAACAGUGUAAUCCACGGACCAGAGCCGUGGACCUUGGUCUGAAAGAGGACAGUUUUGAACAGUACAGGCAGCUACAGCGUCGAAAGUGGCCAAAGAUGAAGCGACCCUCUUCUAAAUCCUUAGGCCAGCUUUGGGAAGGAUGGGAAGGUUAGCUUGUAAAGCAAGAAGCCAUCUACAAAAACACAACGUAAGGGGGGAAAAAAAUUAUAAACUUGAAACUUUGCUCGCCCUUGAAGAUAAACUCCAGGAAUUUGGUAAAGACUAUGCUUCAUGGUGUGGGACUGGAUGAACUGUGGGUAGAUAGUCUGCACUGCUAUGGAAGAUUUUAGAGAGACUGGAAUUUAUUUGAAACUAAUGACAAGACCAGAGGGAUGCAGGAUUCUCCCAAACUAAACAGUCGCACCUGCUUAUUGCCUCUUCACAUUCCUACUGCUGAAGACCAUCUGGGACUAUCACCACUAUCUCUCUCCAAGCUGACAAGAGGCACAUUUCUGGUGCUUCAGCAACAAGCGAUUGACGCAAACAAAAUAUCUCUCUCCUCAUUCGUUACCUGCGAAUCUGCUAACUCAAAAAGGAUGGUAAGGGUUCUAGGCUAAAAUCGGACACGUAUGCUGUUCUAAAGCACAAGAUCAGCAAUCUGAGGUAAUGAUAGAACACACCUCGCAAGACCUAAAAUACCACUACAGCACCAAAAAAACGUCUUCGGUGGGUACAUCACCAUCAGGAAUGCUUCAAACGCUAUGUAAAUAAUCACAUUUUGGACAGCUACACGACAGAACUUGGUUACACUUUUAAUGGAGACAUGGAAGGAAAAAAAUAGAAAGAAAAAAAAAAUAAUGAAAUCUCUCAGAUUAAUAAAUUGUUACUUCUUGUUACAUAAUAAAGUUUCAUAACUGAUUUGA